GAAAUGGUCUCGGAGGGGAGAUGAGUAGGAGGGGCAGGGAUUGUUAGGGACAGUCAGGACGAAUCAUGGAGAAGCACCACCUUCCAAGAAUUUUCCUGAGAGGGGAGAGGGCUAGAGGUCUGGUAAGGCUGUAAAUCUACGCGCGAGUGAAAUUGGUACCUACUACUUUCCACAUCACAGUAGUAAUGAAUCCCGGUGGAAGCAUCAUAAUACGGUUGGUUCUCCUUUCAAAGUCAAGACAGAUUGGAAUGUCACAUGGCACACCAGCAACCCUGACUUUACCAAGUGCUUUCAGAAUACGGUCCUCACAUGGGUGCCUUGUUUCUACCUCUGGUCCUGUUUCCCCCUCUACUUCCUCUAUCUCUCUCGACAUGACCGGGGCUACAUCCAGAUGACACACCUCAACAAAGCCAAAACUGCCUUAGGAUUCUUUCUGUGGAUCAUCUGCUGGGCAGACCUCUUCUACUCUUUCUGGGAAAGAAGUCAGGGAAUGCUCCUAGCCCCGGUGCUACUGGUCAGCCCGACACUGCUAGGCAUCACCAUGCUGCUCGCCACCUUUUUAAUUCAGUUUGAGCGAAGGAAAGGAGUCCAGUCCUCAGGGAUAAUGCUUACUUUCUGGCUUGUAGCCCUACUCUGCGCCCUUGCCAUCUUGAGAUCUAAGAUCAUCUCUGCCUUAAAAAAGGAUGCUCAAGUGGACAUGUUUCGAGAUUCUGCAUUCUAUCUCUACUUCACCCCCGUGUUCAUUCAGCUCGUGCUGUCCUGCUUCUCAGACAGCUCACCCUUGUUCUCUAAAACUGUCCGUGACCCGUAAGUGUGACCCAGGCAUGUAUGCCCAGGUG